GUUCACGCUCCGGACCAGCAGGCGGCGCGGUGACAUUAGAUGCUGCCGUUAAACAUGAGUAGAAGAAGACGAGUUGCGGGAAAACUGAAGCGGAUGAUUCCUGUGUUGAUAACCGCAAACUGUAAGAAAAAAAGCUUUUUAAAAAUCACCAUGAAACCCCCAAAGGCCACAGAUGUCAAAAAGGGGAUUUCAGUCCUUUGGGAGACUCUGCAGUGUCCCAUAUGCUUGGAUUUAAUGACUGCACCUGUAUCUACUAAGUGUGACCAUCAGUUUUGCAAAUUUUGUAUAAUGAAACUUUUGGACAACACCAAACAAAACAGGGCUAACUGUCCAGUGUGUAAAGCCAAGAUAACCAAAAGGAGCUUGCAGGAGAGCCCUGGGUUUCAGAGACUUGUAGUAGGAUUGCAGGACAUGAUACAGGCAUAUGAACAUGACACUGGCACAAACUACUUAACUGGAAUGUCCCAGCAAAAAGGACAAUCAGGAUUCACAGAUACUGAAGCUACUAAACAUCGUCAUGAUGUGUCAUCUGGAGAUACACCCGGGACUGACUGUGACGACAUGGAAAAUGUCGACAAUAAUGGUCUUCCAAGGUCUCACUCCUCAACUAUAGCAGCCCAGAAUGGAUUUGCAAGACUUAUGGGGCUUGAAGACACAAGUCCGUUGACGACAGAAAAUGAAGGCCUGGACAGUGGCCUUGGGGAUGCCCCACCAACUUCUGAUAAGAAAAUGCACAGCCCUACAGAUAAUUUGGAUCCACUGGAAACAGAAAUGUCAGAAGUUGUGGAAAAGGCAACAUCAACACACAAAACUAGGGACAAAAUGAGAUUACCCAAAUCGGAGAAAGCCUCCCUUCAUCCAUCAUUAAUUCCAGACGAGACCGAAAACCAACCUUUAAGAAAGUCCUCAAGGAAGAAGCCGGAAAAGGAUUUGGAGCCUGACAAGAUUUUUAACCAGAAACAGAAGAAAAGUCUAGAGAAAGUCGCAGAGUGGCUCAUGAAAGUUCCAACUGAAGGAAGUCUCGAGUUAGAGAAACCCAACGAAGACACCGAUGACUCUGACAGCUGUUCUUCCACUUCAACAAUAGAUGUCAAGCAACUCACUAGUGAUCUGAAUCCUAGGAGAGAAGAUCGUGCUAAAGCACUUGAAGAGCAGGUGUUUGGGGCCGUCUACAAACGGGAGCGAAGAGGGAACAAGACCAUCUCUCCUCCACUUAAUGUUUUUGUUGAACCACCAACAACUAAAGAAACACAAACACCUGAAACAGUUUCCAAAAGAAGGAAGAAAAACACUCUCACUUCUGCUGAUUUUGUAAAGAAAUCCAGCUCUGUAGAUAAAAAUGAAAGUGACAUGGAGGAAGAGCAACAAUUGAUAGAAGUAAACGACACCAGCCGGGACAUUUUUAAAGAAGCAGAACAGAUUGAGGUCAUGGAGGAAAAUGAUAUAGACAAAUAUGGGGAAGAGUUGAACAACUUUCCAGAAAGUGACAAGAAUAAUGGCAAAGAUGAGGUUCCCUGUCCUGUGUCUGAUAUUGGACAACAGCAACCAGAAAGAAAGUCAAAGAAAAGGACGCAUAACACUUUGCAGCAGGUUGACAGUGAUUUGCAAGAGCAAGCUAAAGCAAAGUCAGAAAGUACUGAGCAAAAGAUAACUGACAAGAGGAAAGGUAAAAAUAAAAGGUCAGAAAAAGGCAAGCCUGCUAGAGUGCCGAAACCUCUUGUUUUGGUUGGAGUUCAAAAUGGAGAAACCAGUCCUAAGACUAGACUAAGGUCAGAAGAAGUUCAAGUUCAUAUUGAGAAUUACCCUAGCAGCGAAGACCAAGAAAUCCCUGUCACGAGGAGCAACAGGAGAAGUAGAAGACUUCAACUCUUCGCUGAGGAAGUCCAGGAAGGUCACAAGAAAGCAAACUUGAAAGUCAAUAUACCUGAAAAAGACAGCAAUGUUGCAGAGCAAUCUGAAGAUGCUAAAGGUGGAUCACUGGAUAAUACGGCAUCACCUAAGCAUGGAAACAUGACAAAGGUGGCUGAAAGAAACGGAUGUAUUUAUGAUCAAGAUUUGGGAGGAAUAGAUAACAUGGAGUCUGGUGUCAGGACAUCUUAUUUGAGACCAACAGAAUAUGCUGAAGAGUCCAUUGCUGAAGUGCCAAAUGCUGAAACUUUGUCUGAAGCUGGUGCCAUUUGUUAUGUCCCUGUGGUCCCAAGCUCUGCGAGUCCAACUGAAGCAGCUGUAGUAGAUGCAACCCUUGAAAGUGACAAUCCAAAGAAUCAUUUCCCAAACAGUGUUCAGUUGGAAACCUCCGCUUGCGAGACUAAAUGUGCUGGAAUAGAAAACGAGGAGGAUAAGAACGACAGCGAGCUGGACACAGAGCAACUGCUCUGGAGCUUCAAAGCCACUAAAAGGAAAUCUUUCCAUCUUGGUGGUCCAAAUGUGAAAAGGAGCCGUAGUCUAGACCAAGAAAAUGUGCAGGUUGCUGAAGCAGAGGCGAACCAGUGUGUUUGUUCUGGUGUUGAAUCUGCAAAAAAUCUGAUAUAUACAAAGAGAUCUGAAAUCACCAACCAAGAGGCAUUAAGAGAGAAUGAAAACUCAUCUUGUAGUGAUUUUAUCUCCCCUACUAACUCACCUGUCCUGACAAGAAAAACAGUUGUUGAGAAACCAGAUCAAGUGGUGGUAGAAGCCUCGAUCCCUGAUAGCAGUUGUUCAGGUCAGGACAGCGCUGGUGAGAACUGUAUCUCCAGGAAUAGUGUUAGUAGUGCCCUUACUCCUAAUAAAGUGUCAAAGCGUGAAAGAGAAAGUCCUCAUCUUUCUGUUGUGCCUCAGGUAGUAGAUUCUGGGCUCUGCUUCACAGCCAUUGAACAUGAGGCACUAAAUGAACCCUCAACAUAUUCUCAAAUUACAGAGAAUCGGCUUGAUUGUACCAUGAGGGAUGCUGGCAAAGUGGAGGAGAUAACAGACAGCAGUUCAACCGCCAGUGGAAAACAUCCCGGCAACACCGCUGAACAAUUUUUAAACGCAGAGUACUCUUUAACUCCUGAUGGCCUUGGAAUACCAGUUGUACAAACUGUUCGCGAAGCAAAGUCGUACAGCAGUGGUAGUGGAGAGCUCAGCGUCCAUUCCUCCAUCAAGAGCAUGCCCAGGAAGAGGACGAGGGCCCAGAGGCUCGACUCUUCAUCUGAGUCAGAUUGCAGCGGAGAGGGAUUACCAACUUUGAAUCAAAUUUUCGGAACAUCAGCCCCUCCCUCUGCUGUGACCCAGGAUCAGGGAGACUCCAGUGAAGCUAACAGAUGUGAGGGUGUUACAGCUGAUGGGGCAGAAAGGUUGAGCCGUCCGCCUGCAUGUCCCAGCCCUGACUGUGUCAAUUCCAGCCAAGCGUCUGUGGACUUGUUUGGCACGCCAGAAUGUGAUGUCCCAGUAAAUGACAUUGGCGUUUCCAUGGAAUCAUCACAAUUUUCAAGUGAAGUCCUUGUUACACAGCAAAAGAUAGAAAUGCAGAAGGAGCUGGUGAGGUUGGAGAAGCUGAUGGCUCUGGUGUCCGAGGUGCUUCAUGAGAAAGAAGAAAGUCCUGCAAAAGAAGUCCCCUCAAAAACAAACCAGAGCAGUAAAACCACAGGCCCAGACGCUCACAGACCCCUCCCAUGUGACCAGGACACAGGCCAAGGUUCAGACCAGAAAGCUGUUCCAGAAGCAGAACGAGAGCCCAGCACAAGGACAUCUGAUGGCAAGGGGGUCACCCAGCCCAGUGUGUCAAAGCAUGGCAGCAUUGCAGAGAUGGCAGUGCAGCGCUCCACACGCAUAGCAAACAGUGUAACUGGCACCGGAGCCUCCAAGACACUUAGGUCAAGUUCAGCAGCCAAAACAUUAAAUAACAAUGGUUCACCAUCAGAUGGACAAGAAGACAAAGAAAAUAACAAUCCUCCGAGAGAGAGAAGUAAAGCUAAGAUGGUGCUAGUGUCAUCUGGAUUAAGCCCCAAUGAACAGAUAAUGGUGAAAAAGUUUGCCAAGCGAGUUGGUGCCUGUGUGGUUUCCCAGGUGACGCCAGAGGUGACCCAUAUCAUAAUGCACACAGAUGAACAACUGGUAUGUGAGCGCACGCUGAAGUACUUCCUUGGCAUUGCAGGCAGGAAGUGGGUGGUGAGCUUCCAGUGGAUUUCAGAGUGCUUCAAACAAAAGAAACUCUUAGAUGAGAAUCUCUUUGAAGUGAGAGGUGACGUGGUGAAUGGGCCCAAUCACCAGGGCCCCAUGAGAGCUCGUACCACUGAAGACAAUAACUUGCUCAUGAAGGGUUACAAGAUCUGCUUCCAGGGGCCUUUUACAGACAUGACUACAGAUGAAAUGGAGUGGAUGGUGGAGCUCUGUGGAGCAGUUAUAGUCAAAGAUCCACUUCUUUUCAACAGUAAACAGAAGUCCCAUCAGCUGGUCAUUGUACAGCCUGGAUCAGAGUCGUCGUCAUCGUCCACAUACAGCUGUCUCUCUAGACAAGCUACAGUUGUGACACGUGGUUGGCUGUUGGAUACUGUGGCAACCUACACUCUCCAAAACUUCAACAAGUACACAACAUGAGUAACCAAGUGCAUUAAACCCACAGCCACGCAUUGUCGUCUCAUGGCCCAUUUUACAACUUCUUUUUUUAAAUGUCCAAUGCUGUAAUUAAACUGUUAUCCAUCUGAUUUGUUGAUAAGGUUAAAACUUUUUGGAUUGUGUGUGCAUGACGUGAUGUAUAUAAAGUUUAAUCAACAGAA